AUGGGUGUUCUUAGCGCCGAUGUUUAUGCGAGGUACUGCAGAAAUAGAGGAUAUAAUGCACUCUAUAUCUGUGGUACCGAUGAAUAUGGUACUGCUACUGAAACCAAGGCAAUUGAGGAAGGAUCUUCUCCUCAACAAAUUUGUGAUAAAUAUCAUGCAAUUCAUAAAGAGGUGUAUGAGUGGUUCGAUAUAUGCUUCGAUGAGUUUGGGCGAACCUCAAGUCGGCAGCAGACUGAACUAUACUGCGAUAGAUGUGAAAGAUUCUUGGCCGACAGGCUUGUGGAGGGUAAUUGUCCAACACCUGGUUGUAAUUACGAUUGUGCGCGUGGAGAUCAGUGUGACAAGUGUGGGAAGCUCUUAAAUCCCACAGAACUACUCGAACCAAAAUGCAAGGUUUGUCGGGGUACUCCAUGCAUUCGUGAUACAAACCACCUGUUUAUUGAACUUCCAAAGCUGAAGGAUAAGUUGGAAGAAUAUAUCAGCUCCACGUCAGCGUCUGGAGGGUGGAGUCAUAAUGCUAUACAAAUAACAAACUCUUGGCUUAGAGAAGGGCUUAAACCACGAUGCAUCACAAGAGAUUUGAAAUGGGGUGUUCCGGUUCCGCAUGAGAAUUUUAAGGACAAGGUGUUUUAUGUAUGGUUUGAUGCACCUAUCGGAUAUGUCUCAAUCACUUCAUGCUACACGACAGAAUGGGAAAAGUGGUGGAAGAAUCCUGAUAAUGUGGAGCUGUACCAGUUUAUGGGAAAGGAUAAUGUGCCUUUUCAUACUGUGAUGUUCCCAUCCACUCUGCUUGGAACAGGUGAAAGCUGGACUAUGAUGAAAACAAUCAGUGUUACAGAAUACUUGAACUAUGAAUCAGGGAAAUUCUCCAAGAGUAAAGGUGUAGGAGUGUUCGGAAAUGAUGUAAAAGACACAAACAUUCCCGUGGAGGUUUGGAGAUACUAUUUGUUGGCAAAUAGGCCAGAGGCAUCAGACACAAAAUUCGAAUGGAUAACUUUGAAAGAUAAGUUGAACGGUGAGCUGGUGAACAAUCUAGGAAACUUCAUCAACCGAGUCUUGAAAUUCAUUGCCAAAGAUCCAGGAUAUAAUUCCAUCAUUCCCAAAGCUAAGUGUAUUGAUUCUCAUCCACCGACGAAAGACUUUGGAUGUGAAGUUGGUAAACUUGUGCAAGAGUAUGUAGAUGCAAUGGAAAAGGUGAAACUAAAGGAAGCCUUGAACAAAGCCAUGGAUAUAUCUAGUAAAGGAAAUAGAUAUUUGGAAGAAAACAAGUACUAUAAACUUUACAAGACAGAUGAACCUACGUGUGCUAUGAUUCUAAAAACUUCAGCUGGAGUUGUGUAUCUGCUUGCGUGCCUGCUUGAGCCUUUUAUGCCCUCUUUCUCACUCAAGGUACUUAUGCAGCUGAAUUUGCCAGGCGUUUCACUCUCGGACGACUUAGUCGAAAGGGCUAAAAGGCCAUGGGAGAUCGUACUUGCUGAACAUAAAAUCGGAACUCCAUCACUAUUGUUCAAAAAAAUGGAAGAUGCGGAUGUAAAAUUUUAUCAAAAUAAAUUUGCCGGUAGUCAAUCAGAUAGGAAGGACAGCAAGCUGAAAGCUGAAGUUACUGCUGCUGCGGCAAAGAAAGGUUGUAAAUCUUCGAAGAAAGAGAAGCUGAAAUUUUUUGCCAAAACAAACACCCAGUGUAUAAACCUCGAAGAAAUGCAGGGAUUGUGA